UAGACCUUUCUACUGUUGAUAAACAAACCGCGCCGGCUUGCUUGGACGGCAAAAAAAAUAUUAUAGCAAAACAAUUAGCUUGUGUUAACAUAAUGAUGUGAACAAAUUCUACAUCUCUGCAAACUUCCCAUAAAAAAAACUAUAUUCCAUUUAGUUUUCAAACAAAUUCAACACUAUAAUAAUUUGAAUAUGUUUACAAAACGUACCUAACUUUCGUGCUAAGCAAUAAUUUAAAUGGAUUUUAACAAAUAUAGAUUAUAACGUACCACUUUGCUGUUAGACUUAUUGACAAGUCGUUAAAUGUUUGUUGUGAUGCAUGUUCUCACGAGAUUAUACUGUUCUCUCGCGAUACCGCUGGCUCUUGAAUACUAUGGGACCGUAAUCACGUCAGCGGUAGUCUCGCGCGCAUUGCGAUAUCGCGAGGGUAUAGCUGUGAGAGAGCCGCUUACACUUCAUCACCGCGACAAACAAUGAACGACUUGUCAAUAAGCCUAUACCAAGCACUAUGAUAGCCUUGUUUCGAGCCGUUAUUAAAUAAAUAAUUCUCACUUAUCAUACAGCUUUUAGUGAAUAUCCAAUGCAAAUGGUCUGUCCUCAAUGCCAGCAGAGUGUAAUGACUCGAACAGCGUAUAUUAAUGGAUUGUUACUAUGGCUAGUCGUCGGAAGUAUUUGCCUUUUUGGUGGUUUCCUUGGAUGCUGUUUGAUUCCUUUCUGCAUUUCUGGUUGUAAGGACGUCGCCCAUUCCUGCCCGCAGUGCAAUGCAUACCUUGGUACCUUUAAACGGAUGUGAUCUGAAU